GUGGCCCCAGGGGAGACAGCGAGCCGGGGACAGAGGGGUGUAUGUGAGAGAAACAGGCACCCCACAGCGGGGCUGUCUCGGGGCGGCAGGGCCGGCAUGGGGGUGCGUGACUGGCCUGCUGGCAGCCUGUGGACCCUGGUACUGCCCUCCUUGGGCUUCCCCGGGGGGGCUUUGAGACGGUGCAAAGUGGGGCACAAGCACUGGGGGCCACAGCACAGCUGAGGACCUGCCUCAUCCGCAGCACAAAGGCAUUUUUGCGGGGCGACAUGCAGCCUCGGGAAGUUGUUCAGGUCAGAGAGCAGGGGGCUGGGUUUGUGGUGCUUUGUGGAGAAGCCCUGUCUUAGCUGCGCGCUCCCAUGUGCACGCCAUUAGCCUUCCAGAGGCCCAGCGAAACCCCCUUUUGCACGGCAUUUCGUGCAGAAUGCUCCGCUGCCAGUGCCAGGGUGGGCAGAGGCGAAGUUUGAGACCUGCUGCUGGUUUCUUUUGUGUUUCUUAAGGCUCCAUCUUUACCGAUUGCCAGCUGCUUACCGCUAGCUCAAACUUGUUGCCAUCUGCAAAAUGAAAUUUUUAACUUUGGUGGUGUUUUGUCUGAUUUGAUUGAGUUCAUUUGUGGUGUCAUCAGCUCAUGCCAGUUGCUGCAAAGGGACAGAUGAUACCUGAGGUGUGCCUUCUCAGAGGCAGCUUCCAAAAACAUGAAGGUGCUACUAGAAAGAGUAAUGUUUUCCACCAUGUCAUCAGUUUUCUUCAGAACAUUGUUCGGAAGAGCAAUACAUGCCAUAGCACGUAUUAGCGAUGAAUUUUGGUUUGACCCCGUAGAAAAAGGUGUACCCUUCAGUCUGAAUUACAUUCUCGCUCAGCUUUCUCCACUUCCAAUAUGGACAAAUGCCAUAUUUUCUGUAAUUGUAAUUAUGCAGAUUACAUCAUGGAAGAUUGAUUUCUACUCUGCCCCUAGUAUUCUUCAAUUUUUUGUUAACUAUGCUGAAGCUUGUCCAAGACAUCCAGAUUAAUAACAAGGGUUUUAUUUCUGUUGUCAUGGGUCAAAAGGUUUAUGUUUUGUACCACAUCAGAAGCUUAACAACAUGUUUUUGUACUGGUAUGACUCAACAGGAAGAAUACGUCCAUUAAUACACCUCUGACUAAUCAAACAGCAUUUCCAGCAGAAUCAGGGUUUUCUCUAGAAGUUUCUUAAAGUGAUCAGCUCUCCUUAACUUGCUGGGAGGCUGGAAAAUCAGAAGGGGAGAUAAUGUCUUUUUAUACCUGAAGAAUUUUUGAGGUGCUAUUAGUGUCUUUGCUCAUUUUGCGCGUAUCAUGUGGAUGAGUGUACAGAAAAAUUGCUACAGAAUAAACUCUUGUCCUUCAAAUGCCUCAAAUGCAAGUUGAGCUGUGUUUAGAUAACUCACACUUCAGGGCCAUUUAAAUGUCUGUGGAGUGGAUUCCUAUGCCUGUGUUGUACCAGUGGCUUCUGACAAGUAAUAGGGAAGGUGUUAAGCAUGAACAUGUUUGUACACAUAAUGCAUCUAUAUUUAUUUUGAGAUGUAUGCAUUUAAAGGUUUUGUGGUUUAGGUAUGGUACUGAAGCAGAGAGAUGGCUCUUUUAUUCAAGGUUUGGUAUGAAGUAGUUUUGAGUUAAUGAAUUACCUGUAUUUCCAGCUUGCCUUAAGAUCAGUGAAUUCUUCAAGGUCAGCAUAUGCAUAUGUCUUCUUCUCAUCUAUGUUUUUUCAACAUUACUGCUGGACAGCUGUGUCUCAACCAUGUCAGAAGAAGAAACAGUUAUUCCACCCAUAUAAAUUGAUAAUUAAGUCAGUUCUUCCUAUAUUUAGGUGUGUAAAUGUGCUGGAAAGGAAUGUAGAAAAAUGCAGCAUUUAUACAAAUAUUUACGAUCAUCACAUAACUUUUCAGCUUCUCUGCAAACAUGGUGUUGUAAAAACAUAUAAUCUGAUGUUUCAAGAAUGUGAUCCGUUGCAGGCUGUUUUUGCAAAGCACAUGUGUCCGAACAUACUUAAAGUCCACUCCAGGCUGCUGGCUGAUAUAAUGAUUCACUUUCCGACCAGUCAAGAAGAAGUAACCUUAUCAGUUACUCCGAUGAAAGUUUGUUUCAAGAGUUACACUGAGGAAGACACUGAUUUUUCAAAGACAAUGCUAACUGAAAUACAACUAAACCCAGAUGAAUUUGACUACUUUCAAGUUGGAGUAGAUUCUGAAGUGACGUUUUGCCUUAAAGAACUGAGGGGACUACUAGCAUUUUCAGAAACUACCAGUGUUCCUGUGUCAAUCCAUUUUGAUGUAUCUGGAAAACCAGUUGCUUUCAGCGUUGAAGAUACGGUGCUGGAAGCCAGCUUUAUCUUGGCUACCUUGUCUGAGGCUGAAAAGGAGACGGCUUUCCAGCAGCCUCCCGGCUUUUCACAGCAGUGGGAAAGCUCAAAGACACACACAGGUAAAUGUGAAGAAACCUCCAUGGGUAAAGGCAGCAACGCAGCAGCAGCUGCUUCCAAAAAGCCACAGUGGAAUGGAAACACACCCAACACUGGGUCAGCAAAACCUCCAAGUCCUUUGGCAAAACGAGAGAUAAAAAAUACUGCCAGAGCCACAAGAACAGCCAUGACCAAGGCAGAGGACCAUGCAGCGCUGGAAGGAGAGGCAACAGUGUCUCAAUAUCAGAAGUUUCACACCUUAUUUUUUGGAGCAGUUUCCUGUAGGAAGGAUGCCAUCAGUCACACCUUCCACAGUUUAGCAACAGCUAGUGACACCGAAGAGGAUUUUGGCAACAUGGAAUGCUCCCCAGUUCUCUAGUGACAUGAAGUGUCUGAAUCCAAAAAAAUGCUCUUGAGGAUUGCCUUGAAAGAUAAAAAUGUAUUUGACAUGGUAAUCGUGGAGCUGUUUCUACUUUUAGGAAGAAGUGUAGUUGCAAUUCUUCAGCAAGUUAGAACUGGAUGGAAACUAUUUGUACUCUGAGGUUGUGUGGUGAACUGCAUUUCACAAAUACCGAUUCAGGUAGUCCAGAAAGUGGAAAUCCUACGCAAAUGGUAGGAUUCUUUUUUUUUUUUUUUUUGCCUGGUUUUUGGUUUUGUUUUGGGGGGGCGGGGGGGGGGGUUUGCAAGACAGAUACAGGAAAAGGACAAAACUCAAUUCUGUACUGAGUGUUGUAGCAGUUCCUGCUCUGUCAGUGCAGGUUAAGUGUUUAUUCACUGUUUAUGUUAACCACCAGCACCGGUCACUCUAGAACUGUUAGCUGCUGUCACAAUGUAAUUAAAUUUAGGUCAUGAUUGACUAGCUUGAGAA